GCGCACGCUCAGCUGCGAAAUACUCGCACUCGAUAUUGAUAUUUACAUUCGAUCAGAAUUUUCAAUAUAUUGAAAUUUAAUGCAAAUUGGUGAGCUAAGAGCAACUGAAUGGCUUUUCCCACGUGCAUCUCUAGUCGCAUAUGUAUGAAUUCAUAGAAAAUAGAUUGUAUUGAAAUUAAUAACCCCUUCCCGUUCUCCCUACAGCGACGACAAUAAACUUCUGAUUCGUCUAUUGUGGACUUUAUCCAAGCAUUCCAAGCGAUGUAAAGGUUCUAUCGGUUCUAUCAGGCUCGUUCGCACCAGUGUGUAGACUUCAAAUUAUUUUCUACCUCUCUUAAUUUUUAGAAUAAGAUAGAAAGUUAAACAGAGUUUGAAAUUAAUUUCAAUCAGCCUUAAGGCCGAUCUCAUCAAUUCUGAUUAAAUUUAAGAAUUGCGAAACUUAAAAUUGAUCAUAUUAUUUUGUUCGCUCACAAUCAAUAUAUCAUAUACUAUACCAUACUAUACAUACAAGCUUUACGCGAUUAGUACGCUGCAGCCAGCUGUGGCGUGCGUACUACUCGGCUCACGUAUUUGGUGGAGUGUUUUUGAAACCUUCAGCAGGUUAUCACGUCGUCGAGUGAUGUUCUAGUCCAAACGUCGUCACCGAGAGGAAAACUGACAAGAUGAGUGCAACGACGGAGAAGAUGCAGGAUCUUCCACCGAAGGGUGGCUACAAUCCUAUCCAAACGGAGAGGAUGAAAUUAAAGACAGUUCUCGGCGCUAAGAGCACAAUCGCACUUUUUCUGACCACCUCAAUCGCCGGAUUCUACGCCUACUAUUUGAACUUUAAAUUGGUUAGGCGACAGCAGAUCGAGAUGAGAAGCGCCCGCCUGGCUAUAUUGCCAACAUUGUUGGCUGAGCGGGACAGAGCCGUCUUAAAACAAAUGAGGCAUAAUCGAGAUGCAGAAGCAAACUUGAUGAAGAAUGUUGAAGGAUGGGAAGUCGGAACAUAUUACGGCGAACCAGUAUUCUUCUUGGACGAGCCAAAUCAGUGGAGAGAACCAUUGUACUCUGAACAUUUCGCACACGCUGAUCCAGAUUUAGUUCGCGAACGUACCGAACGUUAUUUGUGGACAUAGAGUGUCGUUAGCACUAGGCAUUCAGGUUCUAGCCAGUUCUAUGAACCAUGAUAAGACAAACAACUUGGAAAAGUAGUCUGAGGAAUAUAAUUACGGUCAUAAUUGCUAUGAAUAACAUUAUGGAGCUAUAGAUUACAAUAAAAUUGUUACAAUAUAAUA